AUGACAUUGAGGUCUCUCUUUAUGGCAUUUCAGUGUUUUCGUUUGAUUGCUGCAGCGUCUCAUGCUCCUUCGACUCUAUCUAAUUUCGUGGAACCCCGCGGGAUUUCACCUCACAAACGCAGCACUGGUCUUUAUGCUGCGGUACUGGGGGGUAACGGUAUGGUUGCCGACGGCUGGCCCGGCAUUGACCAGUGGGUUGAGUCUUUUGAAGCUAUGUUCGAGAACAACAAAGGCGUCAUCUCCAUCAGCUGCUCCCAGUGGGGUCUCCCCAAUAACUCAGAAGGCGAGACCGAGUUCAUCCAUGAUGCCAUCCAGCAAGUGGCCCACUCAAGUGGCGUCGACGCCCGCUUCAUUUUGUCGAUCGUCAUGCAAGAGAGCAAAGGGUGUGUUCGUGUUCAGACUACUGACAAUGGUGUGGUCAAUCCGGGACUAAUGCAAAGCCACGACGGCUCUGGUUCCUGCAACAAGGAUGGAGCCAUCCAGAACCCUUGUCCUGAGAGCGAGAUCCAUCAAAUGAUCAUGGAUGGCGUCGAGGGCACCUCGGCCGGUCCUGGCCUCAAAGCGUUGAUAGACCAGGAGGGGGGUUCCGCACAUGUAGCUUCAUUCUACAAGGCCGCCCGAGCUUACAAUUCCGGCGCGGUUGCCUCUAGCGGGAAUUUAGGUCAGGGAAUUGCUACUCACUGCUACGCCUCGGACAUUGCCAAUCGCCUUAUGGGUUGGACCAAUGGCCCUAGCUUGUGCGCUCCCAAUGUGAUCGGCGUGUUAUCUGCUGCGCAUUGGGAGGGCAAGAGCGUCAGUACUUGCCAUGGGACAGCAAAAACCUCACAUUUCCGAUCAACUCCUUCGUCUCACAUGUACUCGCUGUCGUCCCACCCAGUUGCAAGUGCGCUGGAUUCACCGUAUACUUCAGGAUUUGCCACGACUCCUGUGGUGAUUUCUCUUGGCACGGCCACGUGUGCUUGUAGCAAGAGGAGACUUCAAGCGAAGAGACGACAGCAGGAACUUUUUCUUUUAUCUACCUUUUUUCUUGCUGCGUCCGGUUUUGGAUCCCGAGACCAGUGA